AUGAAGGUCCUUGCAUUUGCUAUACUCGUGGCUGUAUGUGUGGAAGCAAUGCCACAGCAGCGGCACAAAUCGCACUCGCUCCACUCCUCUACAGAGAGAAGAGAAAAACUUUUCGAGAGACGCAAAAGAGAAGUUGUUGACGAAAAUGAAAAUGAAAUGGGAGACACGAUUGAGGAAAUCAACCAGAAGAGCGGGGUUGCAGACUCGCUGUACCAGGGAGAUAUUCUCCUUACAAGGCUGGUUUUCGACCGAUUUCUACUAACUUCUCUGACAAAAUUUCGAGCUAUAUUAAGGGAGCAGGAAGACCAAAUUCGUUCUAAACGACAAGCAAUGAGUGACCUAAGUAGAAGAUGGCCUGAUAAAAAGGUCCCAUAUAUGUUAAUUUUCCAUACAGACGAAAAGGUUAAGGCUGCCUUCAGAAAAGCAGCGCAGUUAUGGAGGGACAACACGUGCAUUGAAUUCAAAGAAUACAAGGAUUUCAGCGACCCGGGUUUUACUUGGGAUUUCCUUGACGUCGAACCCGGAGACGGAUGUGUUUCGCUUGUUGGUAAACCAAAGCCAGGUACCGCAGAAACUCACGCUCGGCGAAGGCUGUGGAACGGUAUGAAUUUGAAGACCUUUCUUUCCGUGAUACUCACAUUCCUAUGA